CUGAUGGCCUGUGCUGCUCUGCUCAAUAUGGGUCAGAAUGGCAAUGAAUACCCCUACUGCUCUGCUUGAGAUAGGCAAUGGACAAGAUCCUGAAGGGCAUCCUGAAAUACAGACACACCUUCAGACAUGGCAUGGUGGAGCAGUUUGAGCAAGUCAAGGAUAAUCCCAUUCCUAAAGCAAUAUUCUUCACCUGCAUGGAUAGUCGGAUGCUGCCAACUCGUUUCACAUACACCAAUGUGGGUGACAUGUUUAUAGUGCGCAACGCCGGCAACCUGGUGCCACACGCGAAGCUUUAUGACACCGAGACGGUAUCUACGGAGCCGGCGGCGCUGGAGCUGGGCUGCAUCGUCAAUGGCAUCAAAAAUGUCAUCAUCUGUGGGCACUCUGACUGCAAGGCGAUGAACCUGCUGUACGACCUGCGGGACCCUGCGCUGGCGACGCCGGAGAAGCUGCACAUGUCGCCGCUCUCCGCCUGGGUCUGUCGGCACGGUUCCAACAGCCUGACCAAGCUGAUGCAGAUGCAGGUGUCAGACUUCAAGGCGCCGCUCGUCUUCGAGGGCGAGCUGCCCAUGCGCCGCUUCGUGGCCUACAUCGACCCGGAGAACCAGUUCAACAUCACCGACAAGCUGUCUCAGGUAAACACGCUGCAGCAGCUGCAGAACGUCUCGUCGUACGGCUUCUUGAAGCGCGGUCUGACGCGCGGCGAGAUCCACAUCCACGCGCUCUGGUUCGACAUCUACACCGGCAACAUCCACUACUUCUCGCGCCAGCAGAAGCGCUUCGUCGACGUCAACGAGGACACGCUGCCGCAGAUCUCGGAGGAGGUGCGCACUUUCUUCUCGGGACGGCAGUGAGGUGGUGUCCGUCAGCCCGUGGAGAGCUGGAGCCCGCCGAUCGUCGCUCGGACAGGAACAGAUGCCCGCCUGCCCGCCCGUGGAUAGCGGCUGGAGGCUCCCCCUCGCUUGUGAACUGAAGCCGGAGCCCCUCCUCCACCUAUGGGUGGGAGCCGAGGCUCCCUCCCCGCCUGUGAGCAGGGCCGGGAACAGGCUGCCGGAGAUAGAAGGGCCUGUGGUGUCCAACAGCACGCCCUUGGGCGGGGCCGGCAACAGGCCGCCGCUGGUAGAACUGCCCGCCUGUGGGCGGGGCCCGGUCGUGAGAUCGCUCUUCUGUGGAAGGUGGUUCGGUAGUGACGUCACACUAUGCCGCCUUCCCACCCGGCUGUGGGCGGAGUCCAGUGACGACCAGCAGAUCAGUGCUCUGCCGGCCCGUGCGUGUCAUGACCUUGCAGUGAGGCCUGCCUGCUGAGGCUUGUGUGGCCUUUCGGGAGGGAGGGGGAUGGUCCCAGCUCUGCCGGCGGUGCACGGCCGACAGGCAAGGUGUCCCUCUGAUAGUCUCUCGGUGCUCAGUGGUUGAACGAUUCGCUCAUUAUGGUUGCGCUUGCGUUUGUGGCAAAGGUUGGAAGGUGUGAUGGCUUUUUAGGCUCUGUUACUCACAUCCUUGUUUGAUGUUUGUUUCUCGGAAAUGCAACAUAGCGUCUGCAUUUGUUUACUUAGGACUUUCUUUUGAGCUAAGUUUAAAGUAACAUCAUUGCCAGGGUGUAGUUAAAGUCAUACCUUAUCUCCUUGUAAUCUGAUUUGUUACAUUAUGCAUGACAU